AUGGUUCCAAGUGAAAUUAAUGAAUCAAUUUUUAAUCAUAUUGAAAUGACAUUUUCAAAAACAACCUUUGAAUUUAGACGUGAUGGUUUAGAGAAAGCUCUAACAAAAGUACUAUCAGAAAAAGAAAUGAUUCAUAUUAAUGAACUUUUAAAUCGAAUAUAUUAUGAAUUAUUACAUUCUGAAUUAUCAGAUGUUAUAUAUCCUACUUUGCCAAAUUUAAAUGAAUUUCAAAAUGGGUAUAUUGCUCAAAAUGGUCCGAUAUUACUUGAAAUUGUUGAAUGUAUUGAAGUUGGAAUACCUACUUAUAAAUUAUUACAAGUUCUGAAUGAAUUUGAAUCAACUCAAGCAAAUCUUACAGAGGAUAAGAGAGAAUCAGAAGCAAAAUUAGAAUUUCCGAGAAAAAUGUUAUAUUUACUUUUGUCUGAUGGACAGCAGAAAAUUAAAGGAAUGGAAUAUAAACGAAUACCUGAACUUAGUCUAAACACUCCCAUUGGUAAAAAGGUUUUAAUAAAUAAUGUGAAAUAUGCAGAGAAUGUGUUGUUUCUUACACCCGAAAAUACAUUCAUUUGUGACGGAUUUGAAUGGACAUCUCGUAGACCUGGAGAUUUAAAACUAACUUUUAUGGAAAUAUUAGGAAUGACUAUAGACGAGAGCGUAGAAGAUGAAUCACAAAUUUCAUUUAAUACUUUGUAUCCGUAUGCUGCUCCAGCUUUUCUAUCUAGUGAUACGGGUAAUAGAGUGGCUAGAGUUGUAUUUGAAGUUGUUCCAAAUAUGGAAGAACUUACAAUGUUGAAUAGAUUUUUGCUUAAAGCUGAAACGUCAAAUCAACCUCCAAGAAGAGAACCUCUAUAUAACAAGAAACGCGCUUGGCUUUAUGAGGAAAUAGAUUACGAUAUCGAUACGAACCUUGAACUUCCACCUUUAAAAAAGGUUCAUACAGACGAUUAUCAUAGAAAGAAAUUAGAUGGUGGAAGCUUAACAAAUCCUAUCCUUUUGGAUUAUGAUGAUAACGAUUAUGAAAGGGAUUUAGGUUGA